AUGGCACAAUUGACUACGACCAACAAUAAUUGGCCUGCUGCAAAGGUUCGGUCAACUUUUAUAUCAUACUUUGAGUCAAAGGGUCACAAGUAUAUACCUUCUUCCUCUACGAUCCCUUUUGAAGACCCGACUUUAUUAUUUGCAAAUUCGGGAAUGAAUCAGUUUAAAUCUAUAUUUUUGGCAACAGUUGAUCCAAAUUCAGAAUUUGGAAAACUUAAGAGAGCGGCCAACAGCCAAAAGUGUAUUCGUGCAGGUGGAAAACACAAUGAUUUGGAGGAUGUAGGGAAAGAUGUAUAUCAUCAUACAUUUUUUGAAAUGUUAGGAAAUUGGUCAUUUGGUGACUAUUUCAAGAAAGAAGCUAUUGCUAUGGCGUGGGAACUCCUCACAGAAGUGUACAAACUUCCAAAGGAUCGGCUUUAUGUCACUUAUUUUGAAGGUGAUGAAAAGAUGGGAUUGCCUCCGGAUUUGGAGGCAAAGAGUUUAUGGAAGGAUGUGGGGAUAGAAGAAGAGAAAUUAAUACCUGGAAAUUCUAAAGACAAUUUCUGGGAAAUGGGUGAGACUGGUCCUUGUGGCCCCUGUUCAGAAAUUCAUUACGAUCGUAUUGGUAAUCGUGAUGCUGCACAUUUAGUUAAUCAAGAUGAUCCUAAUGUGGUCGAAAUUUGGAAUUUAGUCUUCAUGCAAUUCAAUCGUGAAUCAGAUGGUUCGCUUCGUCAGUUGCCAAGCAAACAUAUCGAUACGGGAAUGGGAUUAGAACGUCUCGUUUCAGCUUUACAAAACAAAUAUUCGAAUUAUGAUACAGAUGUUUUCAUACCCUUAUUUAAAAAAAUUCAAGAGUUAACCGGUGCAAGACCUUAUUCCGGCAAAGUUGGCGUAGAUGAUGUUGAUGGUUUGGAUAUGGCAUAUAGGGUAAUCGCAGAUCAUGUACGCACCUUGACAUUUGCAAUUUCAGAUGGUGGUGUACCAAGUAACGAAGGACGUGGUUAUGUAUUGAGAAGAAUUUUGAGACGUGGUGCGCGUUAUGCUAGGAAAAAGUUUAAUGUAACAAUUGGAUAUUUCUUUUCAAGCCUUGUAGAUACGGUUGUCUGCGAAAUGGGCGAAGCUUUUCCUGAAAUAACAAAACAUGUCUCUAAUGUCAAAGAGAUACUUGAUGAAGAAGAGGAGUCAUUCUCUCGUACAUUGGAUCGUGGUGAAAAGCUCUUUGACACUUAUUUGCAAAAAGCCAAACAAAAUGAUGCUAUAUCACUUCCGGGCGCUGAUGUUUGGCGAUUGUAUGACACCUACGGAUUUCCAGUUGAUUUGACACGAUUAAUGGCUGAAGAAAAUGGUCUCGGUGUGGAUGAGCAGGGAUUCUUGCAAGAACAAGAAAAGGCCAAGAAAAUAAGCCGCAAUGCCCGUAACGCUGGUGCUGAUGAUCGUGAGGUUGUAGCCUUGGAUAUGCAUGAUAUCGCAAAGAUAGAACAGGAUAAAAUUGCUAAUGUAACCAACGAUAAUUUCAAGUACCAAAGUGGAAGCAUAAAAACCAUUGUCAAGGGCAUUUACUAUAAUCACUCAUUUUUUCCGAAUACUGACGAUAUUCCAUCUGGCAAGCCCUUUGGCAUAAUUCUUGAUCGUACGAAUUUUUAUGCAGAACAAGGCGGUCAACAAUAUGACAUGGGUUUUAUCACUAUUGAUACAAUUGAUACCCAAGCAGAAUUUGAAGUGAAAAACGUACAGGUGUUCGCAGGCUAUGUAUUGCAUAUAGGGUGCUUAAUUUAUGGUAGAUUUGCCGUUGAAAAUGAAGCGGUGGCUUCAUACAAUGAACCACGUCGUAAGUUACUCAUGAAUAAUCAUACUGCUACACAUAUUCUAAAUUAUGCAUUACGAGAAAUUUUGGGUAAUGCAAUUGAUCAGAAAGGAUCAUUGGUUGCCCCUGAAAAAUUAAGGUUUGAUUUUUCACUGAAGAAAGGUGUCACUAAUGAUGAGCUAGCUCGUGUAGAGUCAAUUUCAAAUGAAUUCAUCAAAAUGAAUAAACUUGUAUAUUCGAAGGAUGUUCCGUUAUCUGUCGCGAAGGCCAUUCACGGACUUCGUGCUGUAUUCGGUGAGGUCUAUCCUGAUCCUGUUAGAGUAGUAUCUAUAGGAUAUGACGUGAACGAUAUCGUGCAGGAUGUAUCAAAUCCAAAAUGGACUUCAAUUGCUUAUUCUUCUGCUUUGUUUAAAUUAAGUCACGUUGCAAAAACCGGUGAUAUCAAAGGUUUUAUUAUUUUGGAGGAAUCUGGCAUUGCUAAAGGCAUUCGUAGAAUAGUUGCUGUGACUGGAGAAGAAGCUCAACUGGCAAUUAAGGUUGCAGAUGAAUUCAGAAUUAAAAUAGAUAAUAUCUCAAAAUUACAAGGAGUUGAAUUGGAUUCUGCACUUAAACAAGUAUCAAAGGAACUUGAUGCUUCAAAUAUAUCUUCACUAAAAAAAUCAGAAUAUCGUGAAACAUUAAAUGAACUAAGAAAAGUCUUUAAUGAUUCUGACAGAGCCAAGAAAGCUGCCCAAACAAAAGAGGUUAUUGAUAUUAUAAAUAGUUAUUUUGAAAAAAACCCCAACAGUCCAUAUAUCAUUAAAUUACUAGACGUUGGAUCUAAUACAAAGGCUAUUGCUGGUGGUAUUUCGCACUGUAAGGCAAACCUAAAAGAUAAGGCUGCAUACUUAUUUUCAAUUGAUGAAAGUUCAAGUCGUGUAGCUCAUAGUUGUAUUGUGGGCAAACCUUUAGUUGAUAAAGGAUUAAAAGCAGCUGAUUGGGCUAAAGUCGUAUCUGAAAGCGUUGGUGGAAAGUCUGGAGGUAAAGAUGAUGCUGCUCAGGGUAGUGGGACAAAUGCUAGUGAAAUUGAUAAUGCACUUAAAGUUGCAGAACAAUUUGCUAAACUUCAAUUGACGUCAUAA